AUGCCAAGUUAUACAUGUUCAACUUGUGAAAGAGAAUUUAGUCAUUGUGCUUCACUACAAAAUCAUGUAAAGGUUCAUGAUAAUGCAGUAGUUGAUAGAGCUUUACAAAAAAUUUCUGAAGAAAGGUAG